AGUCAGGCGUCAUAUACUGAAGCGCUCGGCGCCACGCGCUUCGACAUGGCUAGAAAUACCGCAUUAAAGUGCUCCACUGUAGUCUUUUGCUGCUGAAAAGCCGGACUGUUGCGCUAAAUUUUGUCGACACUGAGUACCAGAGCCGAGAAGCGUCGGUUAGUGCGGGUCUCUCUCAUCUAGAGGCUUAUUCGCUCUGUGAAGAAAAGUAACUGCGUCUCCGCUCAUCUCAUUGUAGUCGAAGAUGGAGCCACCCGCCGGGACCGGUCUGAAGCUCUUGCUGUGGAUUUUAAGCCACAUCAGCAUCUCUCAGGCAGCUUCUCCAUCAUCCCAAAAAUGUGACGAAACUCUGGUCAGACCACUCCCCCACAAUGCCUUCACCAGCUCCUCUGUGUUCACUAGUGGCUAUGCACCUGGAUACGCCAAGCUAAACAAAAGAGGAGGUGCUGGGGGCUGGUCUCCGCUGGACAGUGAUCAUUACCAGUGGCUGCAGGUCGACCUGGGAAGCAGAAAACAGGUCACAGUCAUCGCCACGCAGGGUCGAUAUAGCAGCUCUGAUUGGACAACACGCUACCGGCUGCUCUAUAGUGAUACAGGCAGGAACUGGAAACCAUACCAUCAAGACGGCAACAUCUGGGCAUUUGCAGGUAACUCCAAUACAGAGAGUGUGGUUCGGCAUGACCUGCAAAACCCGAUUGUGGCCCGUUAUUUGCGCCUCAUUCCUUUAGACUGGACUGAAGAGGGACGGAUCGGCCUCAGGUUCGAGAUCUAUGGGUGCCCGUACUGGGCAGAUGUGAUUAAUUUUGACGGGCAGGGGGUGAUCUCUUACCGCUUCAAAAUGAAGAAGAUGAAAAUUUUGAAGGACGUGAUAGCCCUGAAGUUUAAAACAUCAGAGAGCGAAGGGGUGAUUCUGCACGGAGAGGGGCAACAGGGUGACUACAUUACCUUGGAGUUGAGGAGAGGCCGGCUACUGCUGCAGAUAAACCUCGGCAUCAUGAACUUUUGGAGAGUAUCAUGGCUGACUUUCGGAGGAAUGCCUUAUUCUGGUAAGCCAGUCUCAGGAGGUAGAAGAAACUUCAAAGGCUGUAUGGAAAGCAUCAACUACAAUGGAGAGAACAUCACUGACCUGGCCAGAAGAAAAAAACUGGACUCUUCUAAUUUCCGCAACCUGACGUUCUCCUGCGUGGACACGCACACGUUCCCCGUCUUCUUCAAUGGCACCAGCUUUCUGCAGCUGCCAGGAAGAAGGGACCACAAUAUGGUGUCUGUGGGAUUCCAGUUCCGUACCUGGAACCCCAGCGGCCUGCUCCUGUUCAGCUCCUUGGCAGAUGGAAUGCUAGAAUUGGCUCUAAACGAUGGAAAAGUCACAGCGCACAUUAACGUCACUCAGCAGAAAAACAUGCGCGUGGACAUUGCAUCAGGUUCUGGUCUGAAUGAUGGAGAAUGGCAUGAUGUUCGUUUCCUGGCCAAAGAGAAUUUUGCCAUGCUGACCAUUGAUGGGGACGAAGCAUCAGUUGUGAGAACCAGCUCGCCUGUCCAGAUCACAACAGGAAGCACGUACCACUUUGGAGGUUAUUUUUUAAGAACCAGAGCAUCUCCUGUCCAGCGCUCAUUCCAGGGCUGCAUGCAGCUCAUUCAGGUGGACGAUCAGCUGGCUGACCUAACCACAGUAGAGCAGGGAAGGAUGGGAGCCUUUGAGAACAUCAGCCUGGACAUGUGUGCCAUCAUUGACAGAUGUAUGCCAAACCACUGUGAACAUGGAGGCCGAUGCAGUCAGACCUGGGACGGCUUCACAUGCUCCUGUGAUGGGACGGCAUUGCUGGCUGGUUAUGAGCAGUCCUGUGAGGCCUACAAGCAUUUGGGGAGAUCAUCUGAUUCCUACUGGAUUGACCCAGAUGGAAGCGGACCAUUAGGUCCUUUUAAAGUCAUCUGCAACAUGACAGAGGAUAAGGUUUGGACGACUGUGGUGAAUAACCUACCGGCGCAGACAGCGGUGACUGGCUCCAGCCGGGAGAGACGGCUGGUACUGCAGCUGAACUACAGUGCCUCUGUGGAGCAGGUCACAGCUAUAACCAACAGUGCUGAACACUGCGAGCAGCACGUAGCCUACGCCUGCCGAAUGUCACGCCUACUCAACACACCAGAUGGGACGCCUUACACGUGGUGGGUCGGCCGCGGUAACGAGAAGCACUUUUACUGGGGCGGCUCUGUGCCGGGCAUUCAGAAAUGUGCAUGUGGCAUUGAGCGCAACUGCACCGACUCCAAAUACUACUGCAACUGUGACGCCGACCAGAAGCAGUGGAGGGAUGAUUCCGGGAUUCUGGUAUAUAAAGACCACUUACCGGUCAGCCAAGUGGCUGUUGGGGACACAAAUCGACCCGGCUCAGAGGCCAAGCUGACCGUGGGACCUCUCCGUUGCUAUGGAGACCGAAGCUAUUGGAAUGCUGCAUCAUUCAACACGCCAUCCUCAUACCUGCACUUCUCCACUUUUCAAGGUGAAACGAGUGCUGAUAUCUCCUUUUACUUCAAGACCUCUGCUCCCUAUGGCGUGUUCCUGGAAAACCUUGGAAACAUGGAUUUCAUCCGCCUGGAGUUGAAAUCCCCCACGGUGGUGUCGUUUUCGUUCGAUGUAGGAAACGGGCCGGUGGAACUGAACGUGCACUCUCCUACCCUGCUGAACGAUGACCAGUGGCACCGGGUCAGUGCGGAGAGGAGCAUGAAAGAGGCCAUUCUGCAACUAGACCAGAAAUACCAGGAGGUCAGACCUGCACCUACACAGGGACACACACGCCUGGAGCUCUACAGCCAGCUUUAUGUGGGAAAGCCAGCAUCAUGGGCCUGUCAGGAAAGUGCAGCUGGAGGUCAGAGAGGAUUUCUUGGAUGUAUCCGCUCGUUGAAGAUGAACGGGGUGACCCUUGACUUAGAAGAGAGGGCAAAAGUCACUCCUGGUGUAAAACCUGGCUGUUCGGGUCACUGCACCAGUUUUGGGAUGUAUUGCCGUAAUGGCGGCAAGUGUGUGGAGAAAUACAACGGCUAUUCCUGUGACUGCUCCACCACUGCUUAUGAUGGGCCUUUCUGUUCAAAAGAUGUUGGUGGUUACUUUGAGGCAGGAACACUGGUCAAGUAUAAUCUGGUACCUGAAGUGGUCGCUGCAGCUUCCAGCCUGGAUGAGAAGAGCGUAAUCCACAACCUUCCUGUCGAGACCAACCUGACACGUGAAGAUCUGACCUUCAGCUUCAGCACCUCCACUUCACCCAGCCUUCUGGUCUAUGUCAGCUCGAAAACCCAGGAUUACAUGGCCGUGGUGCUCCGUCAAAAUGGUUCCCUGCAGCUGCGGUACAACUUGGGUGGUCUCAGAGAACCCUUCAGUAUUGACAUUGACCAGAGGAACUUGGCCAAUGGGCAGCCCCACACCGUCAACAUCUCGCGGGUGGAGAGAGACAUAGAAGUGCAGCUGGAUCAUUAUCCUCCCUUCAGCUACACGCUGCCUGAAGCCUCAGACACGCAGUUCACCCUGGUCAAGUCACUCUUCCUGGGUAAAGUCUUUGAAACCGGUUACAUCGAUCCGGUGCUUAUAGAAAAAUACAACACACCCGGGUUUGUGGGUUGCCUGUCCAGAGUGCAGUUCAACAGCAUUGCUCCUCUGAAAGCCGCUCUCAGGUCCCGUGGUUCUGCACCCGUCUCACACCAAGGUAAACUGGUGGAAUCCAACUGCGGAGCAUCACCCCUCACGAUCCCCCCCAUGUCUGCUGCAACCGACCCGUGGCACCUAGACGCAGGUGCUGAUUUCCCCUUCAAUGAGGAAAGAGUGAUACCGGAUGGAGUAAAUAGGAAUUCAGCUAUAAUAGGGGGUAUCAUAGCAGUGGUGAUCUUCACUAUUCUGUGCACGCUGGUGUUUCUGAUCCGGUACAUGUUCCGCCAUAAAGGCACCUACCACACCAACGAGGCCAAGGGGGGAGAGUCGUCAGAGUCAGCCGACGCGGCCAUUAUCGGCACCGAGCCCAAUUUCACAGAGACCAUCGACGAAAGCAAGAAAGAAUGGUUCAUAUAAUGGGCGUGUACAGACUCUUUCCGAAUCUUUUUUUGAGUAUCAGAACUAAUGUUUUGGGAUCAAGCUCAUCACCAGUUUGAGAAACUGUCCUGUACAUAGUGACUGGCUUGUCUCUUUCUAUUGUGUUUUGGCAGAAGUCUUUUAAGUGUGUAAUCUCUGGAUCACAUGUUAAUAAAUCAUUUCACUAUGUGUUUUUUUUUUUACAGAAACAUAAUUAUUUGCCAAAAUCCUCUUUUAUGGAAAAUUGUAAUGUAAGUUUAAUAAUUUUCUUCACGUGUUCUUUUGCUUAAUCUUACAAAAAUCCUCAUGUGGAAAAUGUUUAGACAGACUGUAAUUGUUAAAUGCUCUAUAUGAAUAUUUUUAUUUAAUUUAUUGCACCAAUGACAGAGAUAUAAU